AUGACGUCGUCCGAAUCGGGUUCAAACGAAUCCGUCGGUGCGAGUUUCGACACCUCGAUUUUUCACAAGGCGACAAUCAGCUAUGAGUACCUGCACACGAAUAGCAAACAUGAGCUGUGUUUCUUGCGUACUCAAUCGAAGAUUUCGGAAGUCACUCUCUAUACGGCUGUUCAAAAUUUCAGUACAACUCACGAGUUCGUCUAUGGUGCGAUAGCAGAGCUUGUUGACAACUCUCGAGAUGCUAUGGCAAACAAUUUACAUAUCGACUACACACCAAACGAAGAAUAUGGUGGAAUGCUAUCCAUACUUGACGACGGAUGCGGCAUGGAUAGGAAAGAGUCUGUCUGUCGACAACUGUUGAGUACGUGUUUUGAUAAAUUGUUAAGAUUUCUGUCAACAGUAUCCAACAGAAAUAUGGAAGUUACCCUCAUUUCCCAGGCUAUUUCUGUGGUAUCGUUUGGUCAUUCCCUCAAAAGGAUGGAGCCGGGCAUGAUUGGGCAAUACGGAAAUGGAUUGAAAUCUGGCGCAAUGCGUAUUGCUAAGGACUUUAUAAUGUUUACAAAGAAGGAUGGUCUGCUGACUUGCUUGUUGUUAUCACGAACAUUUCAUGAAAUGUAUUCCUUGAAAGAAGUUUUUGUGCCAGUUGCCUCGUUCACAUUAGAAGGUGGUUCUCGGGCUAUGUAUUGUGAUUCACAAACACAGGCAAAAAUGCAUUCGCAAUCAAUGGAUGUGAUCUACAACUACACCCCUUUUGAUUCUCAGGACGCACUUUUCGAACAGUUUGAACGCAUUAGCGGCCCGUCGGGUACACUAAUUGUGCUGUUCAACAUGCGUCGUAUCGAAACUGGAGAUUUCGAACUAAAUUUCGACACGCCAUAUGAUGUGCGGCUAUCCAGCUUCGAGGAGCAGAGGGAAGAAGAGCGAAACUCUUUGAGAGCAUAUUUAUCAGUGCUUUAUCUCAACCCACGAAUGAAGGUCUACCUUCGCGGCAAGAAAGUUUUGACGAGGAGAAUUCUAAGUACUUUACUGUACCCAUAUAAAUACAGUUAUACUGCUAAAAAUCUAAAAGCUUGUGCCACUAAGGAAUUCGAGAGAUGCGAGCAAAAAGUGAAAGAGGUGAAAGAAAUGCUUCGUAUGUCGUCCUCAGCCCUUGGUGAAUUUGAAGCAAAACAUCGUGGUCAAAAUAUCCACGCCAAUAAAACACUUCGAAUAGAGCAGCGACUCCUUGCAAAGGCUCGCGCUGAUAUGGAAGCUAAAAAAGAACAAGCAGAAAAGCGAGCCUCGUUGGCCCUCAAGGCUAAAAACAACCCUAUUCCACUGACGUUCUACUUUGGGAUCAAUAUCCAUCAUAGGAAAUGUCUCGGUGUUGUUGGAGUGGUAGAUGUACCGUACUCCAUUUUGGAACCAACCCAUAACAAGCAGAGUUUUGAAAAUAAAAGAGAGUACCUGUCUCUGCUUCGCGCAAUGAAUGAUCACAUGGAGCAAUACUGGAAGGAUAUUAAUCUGGCCGGUAGCGACGGCCCCAGUGGCAUAAAGUCGUUCUGGAAGAAUUUUGGUUACGAAAAUUCGGAUUGGAGUUCGGAAUGCACAAAUCUGGCUGAACAUCGAAAGAAGCGCUUCCUCAGGAUUGGGCAUACUAUACAAUGCGGUAAGAAUGUUUUGCUGCGUCCAAGUUAG